UCUCGAUCGACUCCUGACAACUCUACUGACUUGAUCAGUCACUUUGAGGCUUUAAAGCCGAGUUCUGAUGGGGUGUAUGAAGCUCGUGGGGUAAACGUCCACCACCCACUUGAUGUGGGGUGUGGAAGCAGCAGUGGUAGCAGCACAAGUAGCGGACAUCGGUCGUUUCGACGUGUGAAAGACAAAUGGACAGCAUCAGUAGCACCAUCGCUAGCAAACAGCGUCUUCGAUACGAAAGGUCAUUUGAGGGUCCUCACUGAACAGAAUCGACUGGAGUGUAUUGAUGCCGUGCAAGAUCAGCAGACUUCCAGUGGUAGUGGUGGCCGACGAGAUCACGCAUUCCGUGUCAGACCCUCUCAGACUACGUCUUUUGCCGAAGUUGGCGGUUUCUCAGUUGGCAGUAAUUUUGAGAAUGAAGAAGAGUUCGAGGAGGCGGAAGAAGAGGAUGAAGACGAGGAUAUUUCAUUGGAGAGCAUACCCAUUCAGUCGGAAGCCAGACCAGAGGACGUGGAGGCGAUAGAGUUGGAUGCCGCUGAUUCAACUACAGUGAAUGACUUAUCAGCCAUACAGCUAAUGCUUGUUUCCUCCUCAGCUUCAAGGCAUACCUCUAUUUCGUCUCCAAUGGCCAAUAUUCUUUGUUCAGAGCCUUGCUCGUCAAAGCCUUUGUCACAGCCUCUAUCUUGCCUAUGUUCUGGAGUUGGUAAUGCUGCAGUAGCAUCGAACCAAGGACGGAAGUCAAUAAUUGGUUCAGUCAAGCGUCCAAUCCUAACCAUAGAACAAGUGUCAUGGCCUCACAAGAAUGCUACUUCCUCUUUAAGUCUAUCUUCUAGCCUCUCUUCUCUCCAUGGUCUUCCCUCAGCACCGGACCUCUCACUCCACGGCCUCGAAACACUGGAUAAAACUCAUACCAGUGUUGGCUUAGACUUGCGAUCAGAUAUACCCUUGGUUCGUCCUUCAUCUGCAGCAUACUUCAUGACCUCAGCAAGAUCUCAAAGACUUCGCGGCCCAGCCCCACCUCCAUCUGUUGCUCUCUCUGUCAGCCUUACCUCACUCGCCUCGUUCUCCGAAGCUAAACGAGCCUCAGCUUAUCCAGCACUCGUCGGCGCGGAUGAAUUCAUGGACCGGCCAACAGUGCCUUUUGGGAAAUCACCCAUUGGGACAAAAUUAACUUCUGAAAGGAUUUUGGGCCGAGAUCCACCUUCGAUACUGCCUGGCUCAUUUACAAAGACAGAUGACAUCGAGGCUACUGGCCACCGGCGCUUUAUCUCUCCUAUCAGAUUAUCUGGCAUUUGUGGUGAUAGUGGCUCAUUUAAUAGGACUGACAGUGAUCAGGCCAGCUUUGCAAACGGUGAUAAAGUUUCUUGUGGGCCUAACAACCGGUGUCUUUCUCUUACAGGAUCAACCCAAGACAGAUUUCGCUCAGUAAAUCAGUUAAAUACUGAGCGUCCUCAGGCCAGCUCGAGCAUUGACGAAGACGACACUGAUUUCGCUUCAGCUCGAAUCCGACCGCAUUUUUAUCAUCAUCAGCUCUGA